UACGCCUCUGCCCUCAGAAACGGACCGUGGCUGCUGAAUAAUAAAUACCCUGAACCCGCCCAUUUAAUGUUUAUUGAUCAGCUCUCCAGUAGGCCCAUCUGACAGCAGUCAGAUUCAGUCUGGAUAUGGCGUCUCUGCAACGACACGGGAUGAAUGUGCACCGCUCCGUGGGAAUUUGUCACUCGCGUACCGGGACGACACUUCUUGUUUUUUGUCGCUUUUAAUAGGGAUUAUUCAUGGCGAUGGAGGACGAGGAUAAUAAUUCAGCGGUCGUGGCGACUAACACCCAAACAGGCAUCAAGAAAGGAGGUGAUGUCGGAGAUAACGGGGCUUGCAUUGACAGGCAGCCGGACACGGUGAUCCACCGAGCGGGGCUGAAUCAGACUGCAGGUCGCGGCAGCCGCAGUGGUCCCGGAGCUCAUGCUGCGACGGGGAUCCGGGUGCUAAAGCGCAACAUGAAGCGGAAUGGGAGUCGUGGCUGUGUGAUGAGAAAGACCAGAUUUGGAUCAAGAGAGCGGGACUGGCUGAAGGGGGACACCCAGCGGGGCUGUGUGUGUCUUUAUGGGGGGACAGUAGACCCCCAGCCACCUGCCUCUGGCCCACAGGCCUCCUCCACCCCUCAGACAGACCUGCAGCUGGUGCUCUGCUCCACCAGUACCACAGUGGAGGAGCUGUGUGCUCAGAGGGACGGACAGGGGCUCUACGUUCAGCUGCAUGGAGACCUAGUCAGGAGGCUGGACCCCUCUGAGCGUCCGCUCCAGAUGCUGUAUGACUACCUGGCAGCUAUGGGCUACUCAGAGCCUGGACGAGUGCAGCAAGAAGCAGCUAACUCAGACCUCAGCUGUUUGAUCCGAUUCUACAGUGAGCGUCCUGUGAAUGCAGACCAGCAGGAGCGCACCUUGCUGAAAGGCGUAUUCAGCGUCAGGAAGGGCAAGUCGCAGCUGCACAAGUGGGCAGAGCGGCAGGUCAUCCUCUGCGGCACCUGUCUAAUCGUGGCCUCCGUCAAAGACUGCCUGACUGGGAAGAUGCACAUCCUGCCCCUGGUGGGGGGCAAGGUGGAGGAGGUGAGGCGGAGGCAGCACUGCCUGAUGUUCAGCUCAGCCGGAUCACAGGCCCAGACGUACUUUGUCAACUUUGACACACUCGCAGACUACCAACGAUGGCAUCGGCAGGCAUCCAAAGUGGUGGCUCAGACGGUCAGCCUGGUGGACCUGUCCUGCUACAGUCUGGAAGCAGUGCCUGAAUAUCUGUUUUACAGUCAGGAUAUCACCCACCUCAACCUAAGACACAACUUCAUGAGCCUUCAGGGGCCUGGAGGCCUGCUCAACCUCCCCAGGUUUUCUCAGCUGAAGAGCCUGAACUUGUCUCACAACCGUCUGGGUGUGUUCCCUGAAUGUGUGUGUGAGAUCCUCACCCUGACUGAACUCAACCUCUCCUGUAACAGUCUCCACAUAGUCCCUGUACAGAUAGGCAACCUUCAAAGCCUGCAGACGCUGUCUUUGGAUGGAAACCGCCUCAGCUCCCUGCCUGAAGAGCUGGGUGGCCUGACGCAGCUGAACGGCCUGGGACUCUCCUUCAACAACUUUGCUCUCAUCCCCGCUGUGCUGGAGAGGUUGAGUGCAGUGGACAAGCUGGCCAUGGCUGGGAACAGAGUGGAGAGUCUGGAGUUGUGUACUCUGGCCAGAAUGAGCCACCUGAAAAACAUCGACCUCCGGUUGAAUGGGCUUCUGUGGGUGAAAAGUGAGAGUCCAGAGGCAGUGAACCAGGUGACCCAGCUGGACUUACGGGACAAUCGCUUGGACUCACUAGACCUGAGCUCCGUCUGCAACCUGGAGACUCUGCACUGCGAGCGCAACCAGCUGGGGACGCUCACACUCAGCGGCUCCACUCUGCGCAUGCUCCAUGCCGGCAGCAACCACCUUACGACUGUCAACAUCUAUCCAGUCCCUAACCAGCUGACACACAUGGACCUAUCACAGAACCUUUUGGAGUACCUUCCAGACUGGGUGUGUGACUGCAGAAAGGUUGAGAUGCUGGACGUCACGCACAACCUGCUGUCGGAUUUGCCUUCUAGACUGCUCAACAGCUUGAGUUUGAGAAAGCUGCUGGCGGGGAACAAUCGUUUGCAGAGAGUGCCUGACCUACUUGACCACAUCCCUCUGGAAGCCCUGGACCUCCAGCAUAACAAGCUAGCCGAGCUCCCUGAGAGCCUCUUUUCCAAGGCCUUAAACUUAAAAUACUUAAAUGUGUCAGCCAAUGCCCUGGACAGUAUUCCUCCCAGCAGCCCAUCAGAGGAGAGCCUCAGCACCCUGCAGGAGCUCUACCUGACGCGGAACAACCUGAACGAAAACUGCGGUGCUCUGCUGGUGGGACACCAGAACCUGCGGGUCCUUCACAUCGCCUACAACCAGCUGCUCUCCUUCCCCGCCAGUAAGCUGAGCAAGCUGGAGCUGCUGGAGGAGCUAAAUCUGAGUGGCAACAAGCUGAAGACCAUCCCCUCCACUGUGUCCAGCUGUAAGAGACUGCACACCCUCAUCGCACACUCCAACCACAUCACUGUCUUCCCAGAGAUCCUCAACCUGCCUGAGAUCAAGCUUGUAGAUGUCAGCUGUAAUGAGCUGACGGAGAUCCAGCUGCCCGACUCGCUGCCUGCCACUCUGCAGGAGCUGGACCUGACAGGAAACAGCAGCCUGAUGCUGGAACACAAGACCCUCAACCUGUUCAGUCACAUCACCACCCUGAAAUUAGACCAGAAAUCCACCACAACAGCAGCAGACUCGCAGAGUACCUCCACUCCAUGGAACCACGGCUUCUCUGAAAUGAGUGGCCAAAGAAACAAGCUGUGUGUGUCUGUGCUGGCUGUAGACCGCUUUGGAGACGGUGUGGAAGCGUGCUACGGCAUCUUUGACGGAGACCGCAAUGAGGAAGUGCCUCGGCUGCUGCAGUGCACCAUGGGAGAUGUGCUGUGCGAGGAACUGCAGCACUCAAUUAUAGACAAUGUGUAUAUGUGCAACACUUUCAUCACCUCACACAGGAAACUAGGAAUGGCUGGCCAGAAACUGGGUGCCUCUGCGUUGCUGUGUUACAUUCACCACGAGCCUUCAGAUCCAGGGGGCCACUUCAGCCUCACCGUGGCCAAUGUGGGCUCCUGCCAGGCCGUGCUGUGCCGGGACGGCCGGCCUGUUCCUCUCUCUAAGGUUUACAGUCUGGAGAACUGCACGGAGGAGAUGGAGAGAGUCAAACUCAGUAAAGCCAUUAUAACCGAGGAUAACAAAGUGAGUGGAGUGACAUGCUGCUCUCGGCUGCUGGGCUGCUCUUACCUGUCUCCCUGGGUGGUCCCAAAGCCCUGGGUGCACACUGAGCCUCUCUGUUCCCGGGAUGAGUUCUUGAUCCUGGGGAAUCGAGCGCUGUUUGAGCGAGUGUCCUACCAGGAGGCUGUGUGCACGGUACAGGCUGUGCGGGAUCCUCGCGCUGCUGCCAAGAAGCUGUGCUCACUCGCUCAGAGCUAUGGCUGCAAAGACAACAUCGGGGCUGCAGUAAUAUCCCUGCACAUCAGUCAGGACAACUGCACCUGUGAGCCACCCGUUUUGACUGCUGAAGCACGGGGCCCCCCUCCCGCCUCUGUGCCUGUGACCGUGACCCCAGGUCCCACUGACCCAGCCACUAUUUCCUCCAGCAGCGGUCUGAUUUCAGAGUUCAACAGUGAGACAUCAGCCUCAGAGGUGGGCAGCGAGGCGGGGUCCACAGCUUCAGACGAGCACCCGCCCCCUGGCCCUGCACCCCGCCCAGAGAGACGCUGCAGCCUGCACCCUGCCACCACCCUGUGUGGGAUCAUGGUGCCAGGCUCCGUCGGGGCGGGGGCCCACCUGUUCCAGAGGCAACCCUCCUGUGCCACGUUCUCUAGCAACCACUCCGACAACGGCUUGGACAGCGAUGACGAAGCUCCGCUGGAGGGUGUCAUCUCUAAUGGCAGCAAGCUGGAGGUGGAGGUAGACAUUCACUGCUGUGCUUUCCAACUACGCUCCAAAGACUUCGACCUUGAAAAGCAGAGCUCUGACUAUCCUAACGGUAAAACGCGCAGACAGAACAGCGUCGUGGUUUCUGCUACAAACGGCUGCCUGCUGGCAGUGUGUGGGAGAGAGAUCGCAGACCUCAAAAAGUCUCCUUCUACCUCCAGCCUGUUUGGGAAGAAGCUGUCCAAUGGCUCUGUGGUGGCCCCUGAGGACAGUCAUAAUCUCAUUGAGGUGGCCCUUGAGGCUCCGAAGAAGAAAUCUGGCUACUUCACUGCGCCGGCACAGCAGGACCCCGAGGAUCAGCUCAUCGUGCCUCCCAGUCUGGAGCAGGAAGUCAGAGAGCAGCUGAGAGGCCAGAGCCCCCUGGUCUCAGCCUCCCCCUUACCCUCCAUACCUCCUUCCUUAAAAGACCCCGUGUGGGAUCAUCCACACCCCCCUGCAUUUGCCUCCAACCUGGUCCCAGGUCCAGGCCCAGUCUCCAUCCUACAGCAGGAAGUCUACGAUACCGCCCUCUAGAGGGGGGGGGGGGGGGACAGCACAGCGCCAUGUGGCUGGGGUAAUGUGAUAGUGCCAUUCCAGUGAAGAAGAGGAGAUCUUUCUCAUACGUGGGAGACAUUCCAAUUCAAGUUGCCAUUCAGAUCUUUUGUGAGGACAAAACUGUGGGGUCAAGUGCUCAGUCUGAGUCAAGAAAUAGGGAUGACCAAAAUCCAAGUUCAUAACAUGACGUUGUGAAGAGGAUGGCUGGCUAUCAUCGACCAAAAGACUUAAGAUGGAAAACCUCAUGUUCAAAUAUGUCAGCAACAUUUCCCUUUACUCGGAAAGCAAGCAAUCUAGAGAGUGUGUAUGGGAGAUUGUGUUCAGUGAGGUCAAAUCUCCUCUCCAUGGGCUUGUGGUCUCUCAUGUCCUGGAGAGAAGCCCUGAGACUGAAACUUGAAAAAAGUGCCUACUGCAGAAUACACACCUCCAGGCUGUGUUUGGGGAUGUUUGCUACUUUUUGGAGGAGGGACAGAGUCUCCAAGAGACCAGCAUGGCACCGCGUCUGCUCUCCUCCUCUUCCUGUGGCUUACAGAGGAAACCAGACCCUAUAAAUGCUUAUAAGGCACAUAAGUCUAGAAGAUGUGAAGACAAAAUAUCUGCAUUUACAUUGCCAGAAGCGCUAUGGUUGGGAUUUAUUUUGAACAUUCCCACACGAUAUACAUGUAAUAGUUUCAAAUAGGAUGAAUCAAUUCUAUAGAGUACAGCAAACCCUUACAACAGUAUCAUCUGUGACAGUGCAUGAUCAAAUGCUCUCCUUAAAAAACGACACGGACAAAUACAAGUUUCAUUUCAAUUGAGUCAGAUGAUGAUAGUCACUGGAUAGUCGAAAAUCUCAUGAAGUGAUUGAGAGAAUCAGUCUUUUUAUCCCCAAUUAAAUAUGGGUAAUCAGUGGUUCUAAGAUUGUAUGUUUUAGUGUAUCCAAACUUUGGAGGCUGCUACCCUUUUUAAAUGUGUAAACAUCCAUCCCCGCAGGUUCAGUUAUUGACAUGUUCUACAUCUCAGCAAAUGUUUUUUCAGCGUUGCUCUCUAAUACACUGCCAACACAUCCAAAUGACCUUCAGGAUGUGUUAUUUUAGCACAUUGUAAACACAACCGAAUCCCUAUCUUCUUUUAGUCUGUACAAUCCGCUCUGCGUACACAUGAUGUCACAAAGUCUCAACCACAGCCCUACAAUUACGUGCAGAGAUAUGGGACAUAGAAACAUGUUGUAUGUGCUGCAGUCAGAUAUAGUUAUCUUUUCCACAUAUUGCUACAUGCCAUAUUCUGAUCUGCUUCUGGAGAGUUCAGAUGACACAGUUUAUAUAAAAAUGAUUAUCAGUGCAGCAGCAGUAUAAGAUAACUGGUCCAGUCCCUUACUAUAAGUCUGUAAUGCAUUUUCCCCCAUUCAAUCACAUAGUGCUUCAGCAGCAGGCUUCAUGAUAUUUGUAGAAGCAGCCCUACUUAAUUCAGCUGAAAGUAAAAAAACGACAUUCCUAUUAUUAUUUGAGUUAUCAAGUAUAUAUUACGGAGCCCUGGAAACCUCAGUUUGUCCCUGAACCUUCCCACCUUGUGCCAAAAGAGAAAGUAGUUGUGGUGAUGAGAAGGCCAAAGUUGGGUGACUGCUCAUGUCGAGAAUUUCUAAACUAUAAGUGUAUAAAUAUAUAAGUUUAUGUUUUGGUUGCCAGUCCGAAUCUGUAGUGGUGCAGAUCUGGCAUUCCACAGCCAUAGCUGGACCUUCCUGUGUUCCUUUCAGCCUUAAAGUAAACACUGUGUGUUUUUGAGAGGAGAAGCCCUUUGUUUCAUCCCACUCAUGUUCUGUUUGUGACUGGGGUCUUCAGCUGUUGUUUUUUAAAGCAGCCCCUCUCUCCUUUCUUUGCUCUACAGGAAUAAGUCAGUGAUGAAGCCUUAAUUGAUCUGUGAGUUUGAAACUUUUCUUGAAAUUUGCCAGUUUUUGUCUCACAUGGUUUAAAGCACUUUGUACAGAAAAUAGUGAUCUUCAGCGUUAUGUAUAUUUGAGUUUAAUAUAUAUAUAUAUAUGUAUAUAUAUAUAUAUAUAUAUAUAUAUAUAUAUAUAUAUAUAUAUAUAUAUAUAUGAGAUAUUGUUCAACAUAGUGUGCUGGGAUUAUUGUGGCUUCCCUCAGUCCAACAUAUCACCUCUUGUCUAAGAAUACACAGCCAACAGAAAUGAUGAUAGCGUAAAGUGACAAAAUGACAUUUCAUUUACAACACUCACACUUUGGUGCGUUUCAAUAUCAUAAGCAUUUCUUAUUUUAUUAUUAAUUGUUUUGCUUUCCAUUUCAUUUAAAUGUCAAAGAUUGAUAUUUAUAUAUUCAACAACAUGACUACAAACUGUGCUGUGUGAUCCUACUUAUCUUAAAGUAUAUGCCAACAUUACUCAUACUGAAACAUUAAUUAUUGGGCCCCUCUCCCGGCAGUAAAUGAGCAAAAAAGCAGAUAUUGUUUAUUAUAUAUUCGAUAUUGAUAUUUGGAUGACUAAUUAAUUCCUUAACCUCUAGCAUACAUGACAUUUUUGUAUUCAAAACUCGUCCAUUAUAAUAACAUGAAACAAUGAAAACAUUAGUCUAAAAUAAUAAGUACGGUAACCACAGCAAAUAGCUGGUGUUAUUAUUACCAUGCUUAUUUAUUGUAAUUAAGAAAGGGAAAACAUAUUUUAUGAUGGGACUAAUACUUUAUUUUCAGUCACUUCAUCGGUCUCCGGUCUGAUGGCAGUGAAACACAGACAGACGCUGCAGGGGAACCUGCCACAGGAGGAACUAUAAAAGAUAUAAAACAGAUUAGGAUUGUGAAUAAUAUUGGUCCGCAUCUAAAACCAGUUGGUAGACUAAACUUAAGAUAGUUUGAUGAGGAGAGAUUUAACUUUAAUAAGGUUUAAAACAAAAUUGUGGGAAGUUGCUCCUACAAAUAUGCAAAGUGUCAACUGUAAAUAUAUAUAUAUAUAUAUAUAUAUAUAUAUAUAUAUAAAUGCUUCAUUUUCAUUUCCUAAAUCUACAAGAUCAUAUUUCUUAAUAUGUCUAAAAAUGAAUAAUGACUGAUGUAUGUGAUGAGUGUCAUUUGGGAUUGUGUGUGUAGGUUGCGUUGAUCUUUUCUUAUAUUUUGAGUCUGUCCCUCCUUUGGCUCUGUGCAGUGUUGUUCUAUUACUUUGGACUGCAUUGCACUGAUCUCCAUUUUCACCUUGGAGAGGUUUUUGUAGUCCAGUUUUUGGGUCCAGUAGUGAAAUAAUCCCCUUUGUGCGCCAAAAUAAAGGGUAUGUGUGUUUCAGUAGGCUACAGUGUCUGUGUUAUUCUUAUUUCUGAACUGUAAAGGAUUAUUUCUUCACUGCACAACUUAUCAAGCUCCCUGUGUGUUGCGAAAUGUCUGUGUCUGUUUGUAAAAUGAAGCUCAAGUGCACAUGUUCAGUAAGUGUAUGCAUGCCUGUGUGAAUAACGGAUUGACUGUAAUUCUGUUUGGGUGAAUGAAACUGAACCAAAAUGCUCCAGUUGUUAACCAUGUGACCAAAGUAGCCAUUGUUUAAUCUCACAGUUCCUUUCUGUGCAUUAUUUUCUAGAAAUGCUUGAAUAUUUUUUUCUCAAUGCCAAGAAGCUGAUGUUUAUUUUUGUACUUCCUUGUUUCAUGCAAAUGUAAGUUCCCUCUCCGUUAUUGGGAUUAUACAGAAAACUAUCACUCUUUAUGGUACUUUAUUUAGAGGUACUAAUUAAAUUCUGAUUAAAUAUUAAAAAGCAUUCCCUAAAUAGGAAUCACAUACAGUACCUACAUACAAAAGGUGAUUUCAUUGUAAACAGCGGAGCAUAUCUAAUAUUUUGAGGAUUUUAUUUUAGCAUGCAGAUCAUUGCUAAAAUUAAGUUUUAUGUUGGGAUAUAGGAAAUAGGAAAUAUGUAUUAUUUAGGAACAGGACUAACAAUGAGCACUUUAGCUGUGUAUCAGACAGAGCUGUACUCCCCCUGAACUUUGAGACUGGAAGAUGUUCCUCAUUUUUAUUUCAAAUGCUGCUAUCAUUAGUUUUGAGCAAAUAAGCGUUUUUUUUUUAAUUAACUUUAAGCCAAGUAGCAAUAAAAACUUUUUACUGUGAACUUUUCUGUCUAGUGUCGGUUUGCUCACAUUUUGUCAUGAUUUCAUGCCAAUAAAUAUCGAAAUGACCGUUUUUGGUCAGCAUCAGA